AUGGGAGUCUCUUUCACCUUUCCGGUGAAGCCCCUUGUUCGAUUCAAGUCAGUCUGCAAAAACUGGUAUGCUCUCAUCCAAAACCCUAGUUUCGUUUCCCUCCAUUGCAAUCGCGCCGCCGCCGAAAACACUGACUGUGUCCUCGUUAAGCGGUCCCUCAACGGCGGCGGCAAGGGCAGCAUUACCCUGUCCUUGGUCCCAAACGAAACCUCAACCCAAGAUAUAGUCAUAUCUUCCACUGAUCUGGAUAACGAGCUCCGACUAUUGGGUCAUUGCAACGGCGUCGUUUGUCUCUCCGGCCUCGCGUUUAACCAAACCAUUAUCUUAUGUAACCCUUCUAUUAGAGAAUUCAGGGUGCUUCCUCAAUCGUCUUACAAAACUGAUCAUUUUAGCAAUUUGGGAUUUGGGUUUGAUCCCUAUACCAAUGAUUAUAAAGUGGUUAAGUUUGAAUUUCGUCAUAUAUAUUCUAGUAUCGAUGAAACUAUUGAAAUAUACGACUUGAGUACAGAUUCUUGGAGGAAAGUUGUCCUGGAUUCCUCUUUUGGUUUCGGUCUCAAUUUCAAAUAUUCUUCUUGCUCAUCGUGGAAUGGUGAUUUUUACUGGUUCGCAUGCGGCCCCAGUGGUGAUCGGAAAAUUAUCGCGUUUCGUAUGUCCAACGAGGUGUUUGAUGUAAUUCCCGUUCCAGAAGUUUGCUCAUUGGACAAUUCCAGGGAAAGGAGACUUUUUGUUCUAAAUGAUUCCCUUGCCCUAGUUCUUUAUACAUCCGGUUGGGAACUUUCAUCGCACUUGGAGAAGUGUUUUGACAUUUGGAUUAUGGAGGAACAGGGUGUUGAGGUGUCUUGGACUAAAAAAUUUACUAUCGGACCCCUAAAAGGGAUUUACUUUGCAUUGGGAUUUCGGUUAAAUGGUGAGUUCCUCUUUGAGGGUGAUCGGGGACAGUUGAUGUCAUAUCACAUUGAUACCCAACAAAUAAAAAAGUAUCAGGUGUACGGUCAUUGGCCUCCAGGAUGCUUACAAGUUCUUCUAUACAAUGAGAGCUUGGUUUCAGUUAAGAGACACAAUGAGCGUGAUGGACACGAUGACUUGCAUCCUUAACUCAAUUAUGGGCCUUUCCUAUCCUCUGCCGAAUGACAUUUAUUUCGUACAGCACCCGGGGCUUUUGGAGUCCUUUGGUCUGUCUCUGCCAUUUACCUUAUUUCCGUAGGACAAAGAUGGUAAGUGAGCAGUUCCCAUCAGCUAUUUAGAUAUCGACGCAAAGGCAUUGACAAUGAAAGCUAUUCUUUCGGGCCUACAACUCCUUGAAGAGAAAGGGUAGGUUGGAUUGUCCAUGGCUUAGGAAACAGAUAGCCCUCUCUUUUUCAUUGUUCAUAUAGUUUACGUUGGCUUUUUUUCAUAUGUUCCAUAAACAAAUUUGUAUGUAUCCAAAGUGGGUCUUAUAUCGAGAAAAAUAUUGAAGUGGUUGCUCAUUCA